AUGGACUACCUCAGAACCCUAGGAUCUGCCGCUGUCUCAUCCCUUGUCCAGAAAUCAGGUCUCAACCUUCCAUUCUCACUUGGCCAGAGAGUUUCUUCCUUCGAUAACACCAGCAUCUGGACAUUGUAUGACGGCACGAAACGCGACGAUGGAUCCCCAGUCUCUAUCUUUGAGUUCGAUGGUUCACAGCCAAACAAACGAAAUGUCCUACCACUCGCGAAGAACACUCUACGAAAACUUCGAGUUAUGCGUCAUCCAGACGUUCUCAAGUUUAUGGACGCUGUCGAGACGGAGACAACAAUUUACAUCAUGACCGAGCCGGUACGGCCUCUAGCGGCGGAGUUACAGUCGAUGUCGGGCAAGAGUGUGCAGGAUAAGCAGGACUGGUUGCUUUGGGGGCUUCACAGAAUAACGACCGCAUUGGCGUUCGUCAAUGAUCCCGGUAAUUCGACUCAUGGGAGCGUGCGGAUUGGUUCUAUCUUUUUAUCAACGAGGGGAGAAUGGAGAUUAGGCGGGUUUGAGGUGUUGAGCAGUCCGAAGGAUGAAGCAGCUGUUCUCUAUACUUACGGCGGUUUGAUGGUAGAAGCCAACUCAAUCGCCUCUCCUGAAGUCAAGAAGAGCGGUUGGUCUGCGUUGAAAGAGACACCUCCACCAGCUGCAGAUGGCUAUGCCCUCGCCUUGCUCAUUCAUGCAUUAUUCAAUCCCGAUGCACCACUACCACCUACGGUGCACCCACCUCAUCCACCGCCACAGGCUUCAUCUCGUGGUGCCAUCCCAGCAUCAUUGUUCCCCUUCGUCAAGCGACUACUCAAUCCUAAUCCCAAGACCCGAAUGACGGCUAAGAUGUUCCUUGAGGUUGGGAUGACGGAGUCUGCAAGUGAGGGUGGUUUCUUCAAACAAAACAGAUUACUGCGCGUUUGUGAAGGCUUGGACGGUUUUGGUCUCAUGGCUGAGGGUGAACGACUGGCUCUUCUACGAACAAUCAAAGACGUGGCUCCUACCCUACCACCUACAUUCUCCACCCAUCUCAUCCUACCUUCACUCCUCUCUUCACUCGGUGUCCCAGCACUAGCAACUUCAGCGUCCUCUAUCCUCCCUCUCGUCAUCCAGUUAGGCAAGAAUGUCCCUCCGGAGGAGUACAGCAAGCUAGUUCUGGAACCUGUGAUCAAGCUUUUUGAAAGCCCGGAUAGAGGGACAAGGAUGGCGCUGCUGGAGGCGUUGCCCGAAUUCGCCGAUAAGUUGGACAAGAAGAUGGUGGUGGACAAAGUUUGGCCAAAUCUGCAAACUGGUUUCUCGGAUACAGUUGCUGUGAUCCGUGAGGCAACCGUUAAAUCUAUCGGGCUUCUCUCUGACAAGUUCUCCGAGCGCAUCCUCAACAAUGACCUCCUCCGGCACCUCGCACGCCUCCAAUCCGAUCCCGAACCCUCCAUCCGCACCAACGCCUGCAUCCUCGUCGGCCGCCUGGGUCCCAAUCUCGGAUACAACACGAAACGCAAAGUGCUCAUCAUGGCGUUCGCAAAGGCGUUGAAGGACGAGUUCGUGCAUGCGAGGGUGGCGGGUAUCAUGGCGUUUAUGGCCUGUGUGGGGUGUUUCGAGAUGGAUGAGUUGGCGGGGAAGGUGGUGGGUUGUGUGGCGGGGGCUCUGGUGGAUAAGGAGAAACUUGUGCGAGACCAGGCGUUCAAGGCCAUUGAGAUGUUCAUCAAGAGGUUGGAGACUCAUGCCGCCACCAUGCCAGAAACCGCUCCACAGAACGAAUUACCCGCCGCCCUUGGGGCUUUUGCACCACCAGCAACCAAUGGCAGCAGUCAAGCCACCAUCGCCAGCUCAGCAGCAGGUGCCGCCGGUGCACUCGCCGGCUGGGCUAUAUCCUCCCUCGGUAAAAAGGUUCGCCUCUCUUCUCCUUCUAUCCAACGCCCCAAGACGUGGACUGUUUAUGGUUCCAAAUAUGUUCUGAUUAUUCUUGGCCCGCUAGAUCACCUCGAGCGAGAUGCAGUCCAGUAUCGAACCCGCAGCCUCAGGCUCCCAACUCGCCCCACCACCCGUCCCAAGCUCGACCCGCCCCGCACUCAAUUCCUCUUUCUCCGCACCUCCAACACCUUCUAUGCCUUCCAUCCCUACCGCCACCAAACCGAAGCCCAGCGGUCUUGGUCUUGGGGCUGGGACGCAUAG